GGGCAAGCGGCGGAGGCCGGCCUGGCGGCGGCCAUGGACCGCUUCUUGUGGACCAGCGGCCUCUUGGAGAUCAACGAGACCCUGGUGAUCCAGCAGCGCGGAGUGCGCAUUUACGACGGCGAGGAGAAGAUAAAAUUUGAUGCUGGGACCCUCCUUCUUAGUACACACCGACUAAUUUGGAGAGAUCAGAAAAAUCAUGAGUGCUGCAUGGCCAUUCCUCUUUCCCAAAUCGUGUUCAUUGAAGAACAGGCAGCUGGAAUUGGGAAAAGUGCCAAAAUAGUGGUUCAUCUUCACCCAGCUCCACCCAACAAAGAACCCGGUCCAUUCCAGAGCAGUAAGAACUCCUACAUCAAACUCUCUUUCAAAGAACAUGGCCAGAUUGAGUUUUACAGGCGUUUAUCUGAGGAAAUGACACAGAGAAGAUGGGAGAAUAUGCCAGUUUCCCAAUCAUUGCAAACAAAUAGAGGACCCCAGCCAGGAAGAAUAAGGGCUGUAGGAAUUGUAGGCAUUGAAAGGAAAUUGGAAGAAAAAAGGAAAGAAACGGACAAAAACAUUUCUGAGGCCUUUGAAGACCUCAGCAAGCUAAUGGUCAAGGCUAAGGAAAUGGUGGAGUUAUCAAAAUCAAUUGCUAAUAAGAUCAAAGACAAGCAAGGUGACAUCACAGAAGAUGAGACCAUCAGGUUUAAGUCCUAUUUGCUGAGCAUGGGAAUAGCCAACCCAGUUACCAGGGAAACCUGCGGCUCGGGCACACAGUACCACAUGCAGCUGGCCAAGCAGCUGGCUGGGAUGCUGCAGGUGCCGUUAGAGGAACGAGGGGGAAUAAUGUCACUCACGGAGGUGUACUGUUUAGUAAACCGAGCUCGAGGAAUGGAAUUGCUCUCACCAGAAGAUUUAGUGAACGCGUGCAAGAUGCUGGAAGCACUAAAAUUACCUCUCAGGCUCCGAGUUUUUGACAGUGGCGUCAUGGUAAUUGAGCUUCAGAGCCAUAAGGAAGAGGAAAUGGUGGCCUCAGCCUUGGAGACAGUUUCAGAAAAGGGAUCUCUGACAUCAGAAGAGUUUGCUAAGCUGGUGGGAAUGUCUGUCCUCCUGGCUAAGGAAAGGUUGCUUCUUGCAGAGAAGAUGGGCCAUCUUUGCCGAGAUGAUUCAGUGGAAGGCUUGCGUUUUUACCCAAAUUUAUUUAUGACACAGAGCUAAGGGUUUUGUAUUUCAAAUCCUUCUUGUUCACAUACUCGUAUCAUGUAAACGUUGUAGGACAUUGAGCUCAGAGUAAACCCUGAUAAACUGAGAAUUUCUGGAACUUUAUACUAUACUAUACUAUAAAACCCUUUUAAUUUCUCCCUAAAUAUUAUGGUCCAGGAAGUUUACUUCGGAUAAAUAUAGGAAAAUACAGAAAACUGAAGGCUGCUAUGAAUUUGAAAUCAUGCUACUCUCAGUGUUUAACCUGAAAUAUGGUGGAUUUUAACUUGACCCUCCAUUCUGACCUUUUUUUUUUUAAAGAAGGGAGUUUAGUUAAUGGGGGAAGAAAGAAGUUGCAUGUUUGGACAGGUUAGAUCAUUUUUCUGGUGUGACUAAAAUUCACUGAGUUAUAAAUGAAGUUUUUCUCUGCAUCUAAUGUGCCCAUUUGGGGAGGUGGCGUUCAUGACGCAAGUCAUAGCUAGAGUAUAGCUUAAGAACUGACAGCACAGGGACAGAGCAUCAGACUGCGGGACACUGUAUGGGGCUCCUUCCCUAAGGGCUUUUCUUAAGAAGCAGUCAUAAACAUGUCUUCAACAUACACCUUAAAAAAGGAGAAAAUUGUCAUUGACUUACGUAUAUAUAAUCUAACUCGUUCUUUUUUUCACAUGAUGUUUUCAUGGCUGGCAUUUAAAGAAUGUAACUAUCUCAUUUUGUUGAAAAAAAUGCUGUGGAUUUUGAAACUGAAUUAAUGAGCUGUAUAGACACACCCAGGGAUAUGAUUACAAAUUUGGAAAGUAGAGGGCCGAGGAAUUCCCUAGGAUUGUGUGGGCGGAGGGGCCGGGAGAACCUUUAAGUAACUUAACAGGAACCUUGGUGCUCUUUGACCUCGAAAGCCAAGGACAGGAACAAAGAAGGUGGACAAGUAAUUGGUUUCCUUUUCCUUCCUUUAAGGAGUUUCAACAAGACACUUUAAAAAAUCUUUCAUCUUCCAGCAAUACUUUUUUUUCUUUACCCCAUUCGUUAGAAGUUGUGUAGAGAAGCUAUCUCACUGAGAAAUAUUACUGCGAUAACAAAAACUGGCUCAUAUUGAAUGUCGAUUGCUUGAGUUCUAAAGUGGACUGCCUGACUUCCUACAUCAUUGCUCUCCAGCGUAUGGUGUGUUGGCAUUACCUCAAACUCAGGGACCCCACAGGGACAGAAGGAGCCUCCCCUUCUAAAACUGUGUUGAAAAUGGAAAGUAGGUAUGGUUUUCGGCCAAGCCUCCAGAAGGGAUAGUGUCUAUAUUGAGCUAACUGUUGUGACCAGCAGGAAGGGAUACCCCAGCUCACAAGCUGGGAUCCCAUAGAGGUCACUGGGUGAGGUGGAGGCCACUGCCAGAGGCCACGACAGAUGCCCUGUGGGGAAGUUGCAGGGAUCUUCAGCUGCAGACCCAGGGAAUCCCUACCACUGCAGCCGGAUUCGGUCCCCUGAUCCCUGCCUGCAAAAGUGGCUGUCGCUGCUUCUCGUCCUCCAGCGUCACGGGAACGUCUCGGCCAAGGCCUCCUGCCUGUCUUCAUUUUCCAGACCUGUCGUUGAUUCUGCAAUAUGAUGACAGAUCCCCUCAUUUCCUCAUUGCUCAGCCUCAGGUUUGUUUGGAGGGGUAUUCAGUGUCUGGCUGCCCGUGUCGUGCAGGCCAUUGUGUAAACUCGUAUGUAUGGCACUCCUCUUUCUGGGUUGUACUCACACUGCUCUGGCACACGCAUACACGCACACUCAUAUGCACACACACACACACACACACACACACACACACACACUUACACGUAUGAUAUCUCAUCUGGCUAAGGUUUUUAAAAAAUUACAAAGGUAAAUAGUAAUCUGUCUCAGUAGUUGGAGUGAGUUGCAACUAAGAUUGAGCUACUGGAUCUAGCUCUUAAUGAUUUGGAUUCAUUACAGCAGACUCCCAUGGUUCAAUGUAUUUAUUUACAUUAGUGUGACAACACAUUAAAAAAAAAUGGAGCAAUCUAAAUUGUAUAAAGUGAACUAAAGAGGAAGAAAAGUGACAUAUGAAUAUAUUUUGCAAAUGUCACAUUAA